CGUCCGCGGCACGCAGAGCAGCCGCAGCAGCCUCGCGCCUGGUCCCGCGGUCGCAGCUCGUUCCGCUCCCUCUGCGCCGCCGCCUCAGUCGCAGCUGCCUCUGCUGUUCGCUUCGUGAGUCGGUCUCUCCGGCCCACGGGCUCCAACCCCGCCGUAGCCGCUCUCCAAACCCUUCAGACCAUCCCGGUCUCCUUCCUCCGGCUCGAUCCAAGCCCGCGAAGAUGGUGGAUCGCGAGCAACUGGUGCAGAAAGCUCGACUGGCCGAGCAGGCGGAGCGCUACGACGACAUGGCCGCGGCCAUGAAGAACGUGACAGAGCUGAAUGAGCCCCUGUCCAAUGAAGAACGAAACCUCCUGUCUGUGGCCUACAAGAAUGUGGUUGGAGCGCGCCGCUCCUCCUGGAGGGUCAUCAGUAGCAUUGAGCAGAAGACUUCUGCCGAUGGCAACGAGAAGAAGAUCGAGAUGGUCCGCGCCUACCGUGAAAAGAUCGAGAAGGAGCUGGAGGCUGUGUGUCAGGAUGUGCUGAGCCUGCUGGACAACUACCUGAUCAAGAACUGCAGCGAGACCCAGUAUGAGAGCAAAGUCUUCUACCUGAAGAUGAAAGGGGACUAUUACCGCUACCUGGCCGAAGUCGCCACUGGAGAGAAGAGGGCGACUGUGGUGGAGUCUUCUGAGAAGGCCUACAGUGAAGCCCACGAGAUCAGCAAGGAGCACAUGCAGCCGACUCACCCCAUCCGGUUGGGCCUGGCUCUUAACUACUCGGUUUUCUACUACGAGAUCCAGAACGCCCCGGAGCAAGCCUGCCACUUGGCCAAGACCGCCUUCGACGAUGCCAUUGCUGAGCUUGACACUCUGAACGAAGACUCCUACAAGGACUCUACUCUGAUCAUGCAGCUGCUCCGUGAUAACCUCACGCUCUGGACAAGCGACCAGCAGGAUGACGACGGCGGCGAGGGCAACAACUAAGGCCCGGGGACUGGCAGCGCACGCCACGCUACUACUGCAGUCUUUAUUUUUCCCAUGAGUGGGGGUCGGGUGGGGGAGGGAAAGGGAGGGCUGACCUUCCCAGGGAGAAACCCACGACCUGUCCUGUCUUUUGAUCGCCUCUUUGACAUUUUGCCAAAAUACCACUAGUAGAAAGUCAGCCUCACGCGGGCAUGCGGACUGUUAGGUAGGUUCUUGCAGGCGGAGCUGUCUGUCUUUAACUUAACUUAUUGCUAGGUGAUAGGGAAUUGAGGUGAAAAGAAAGCGCAAAUGGAUGGCCCUCAUUCAGUAAGUUCUGUGGUUCCAGUAAGGAUUUUUAUGUUUAUCUGCUCUUGUCCUAAGUUUCGGGUACCUUCUGUCUGUGUUAGCUCUGCUUUUGUUUCCAGGGUGUUCUCUACCAGGCAUGGCAUAGUUUAACUCUCCCAGUGGACAGACUUGGGGCAUAAGGUCUGCUUGUCCUUAUGGUUUAGGCCUGGCCGGUUUUCUGGUCUCUGAUUAGUUGACAGUAUUAACACUAAAUUGCAGUUUACAGUAUUUCUGCAUUACAGCCAUAUGUGACAUCAAGCCAUUGAUCGUGACUUUUCCUUUGCUGUUGUUUUGGCUUUCCGUCCUUACCGUUUCCAGGCUGGGUUUGCUGUUUGUCUGUCUCCCGGGCGAAGAGACCUGACUGAGGAGGAUCAAACUACUUUAGGAUUUGGUUAAUAGGUGCUUGGCAGGUGGCUGUGGGAUUCUUUUUUUUUUUUUUUUUUUCUCCUUCUUUCCUCUUACCGUAAAUCCACAACAAUUAUUAAUCAUUUUAAUAGAAAUGUUAAGUACCACAAAAGUAGAGAAAAAUUCAGGUCUGUAUGUCAUUUAUUGUAUUGGUAUUUUCAGAGACUCUCCUCCUGUCGCAGUGGCCAUGGCUCCUUCCUCAGGGAUCACACUGCCAUCUGUUUCCCUCUGCGCUUGAGGCUUCGUCACUGUGCCUUGUGCCGAGGCAUGCAGGUGACUUGAGGCUAUUGCAUUGCAGAGGCGGGGCGGUCCUUUCUAGAAAUUGUGGCUCAGAGUGGACAGUAACUCAAAAGGAAGCACUCCCCUCACGACAUCUGUCCAGUUUCCGGAGCCUGGCAGUGUCAGCUUUUCCUCCCUGAAACACUUCCCCAAGUGCUCGGAGGAAGACAGCUAGGUCAUUACCAGGUAGUAAGUACCAACUCCUGUUCCACCAGACUCCCUCUCCGCUUUUUCUUAAAGGAAGCCAAAAGCUGGAGGGUCACUCUCCCUUGCGCAGUCUGUAGGUGGGACAGUUGAAGGAAUUUUCAUCUCUAUUUUCAGUUAACUGUAGAUCCCUCCUUCCCAUUUGGGAUAAAUCUGUCUGGAAACAUGACCUGUUACAUGUUAGCUGCCGUGUUUUCUUUUUAUUUUAAUUUUUCUGGUUUUUAUAGAGUCAGUAAUUGUGUGGACUCCCAAACUGGGUUAGGGCGCUAGACUUGCUUUGUUGUGUUCAGGAAGGAGAGUGUGAGUAGCAACUGAGGCAACCCAGCAGAUGCUUUUGCUAAAACCAAAAUCAAGCUCACCAUUGUGAAAUGAGUGCGUGUAACAGGAGUGCAAGUGACAGUGACGCUGGAACAAUGAUGACAACCAUAGGAUCAGUGUACUCUGUAGUAUUGCACAGUUUACCCAGCAUGACUUUCCUUAGAACAUCUUCCUUAUGCCAGAGCGGAUGUCCCCGUUAAUUGAGGUCUGCAGAGGACCAAGCAAAGACAGCUUGGCGCUCUUGUGCCAUUUCAGGAGCCUGGAGUCAUUGUCGUGGAUGGAAAACACUGGCUGGGGGUGGGGUGCAAGGGGGGGCGCUCCCUAACUCACCUUAACGUCAAGUGAGCAGUGUUGUGUCCUUCCUUGUGGCGUUUGCAAAUGAUUUACUGGAAUUACAAAACCUCUUUUUCCUUUAAAUUUCAGCGUUGGCUGUGGCUGCUUUACAGAAUAAUGCGAGGUAGAAUCACACCAGAGGGCUGGAACUGAAGAGGGAGUGGAUGGGAGACUUGGUAUUUAAGCAGCUUGAAUGGUUCCUUUUCUUUUCUUCAUCUCUAAAGAACUGCACUUGCCUAUGAUGCGGUCUGUCCUGUGAACUGAGUACUUCUCCAUCACUCUAGCUACGUACCGUGCAUGCUAGUGUUGUGUUUCCUAUGCAGUAGCUUGAAAUUAACUUAUACUGUAGGCGUUAUGUACUCCUAUGACAAAAAACAAAAAAAAAAAAAAAAAAACCUUAAGUCUUCAAAUUUUUUAAAGUUUUUUAAUUUAAUUUUUUUUUUUUCCUUUUGGGGGUAAAGUUUGCUCUACCAAAUAGUGAUGUAACAAUUGAUCCGUUUGGAUGUUGCUAUAUGACAUGCAGUUAUAUAUUUUGUUUUUAGGGGUGGGGGGGGCAAAAGAAACACCAGUGUUAGCUUAAUCUUAAUGUCUGGUGUUUGUCAUGGUGAAAUUAUAACUAUUGCAGUGUAGGAGAACACCGACUCUGUUCUCUGAAUGAGCCUUUGUGCUUUUUGUCAUGUUAUGCAGUGAACUAUUUUUAAGGUCUGAUCAGUGAUUAUUUUCUCCAACUCCGUGUUUCUCCAAGGAAUUAUUUCGCACACGGACCAUUCUUAGCAGUUUUCCUCAGUGAUGGAAUAUCAUGAACGUGACUCAUUAUGUAGCUGUCGUACAUUGAGCAAAUAAACUUACAGAUCUGA